AUGCGUCGAGGAAAAAUCUAUCCGAGUAAAGCAAUUUCAUGUUGUUGUACCUGUUGGACGUACAGAUCCUGGGGUGUAGUUGCCGGUGUUCUCAGUCUGAUUGUAGUUCUAGCUGGACUACACAUUGGUUGGGACUUCCCAAUACUGAUUAGAAAUCGUCAUUAUUACUUUCCAAUUCUACUUUCUCUGGCACUUUUUUACACCGUAGUAAAUUAUUUGUUCGCUGCCUUACAUGAUCCUGGUGUAAUACCACGACCAGAUGCGGAUGAAGUCCUUCGCAUAGAAAAAGAGCAUAAUAUUCAAACUGAUUUAAAUGGGAAGUACUUUCCAUCGGUACCACCGCCAACAACUGUUCUUGUGCGGAAUUUUCCCUAUUCAUCUUCUUAUUGUUAUACAUGUCGAACUUAUCGAUUGCCUCGUGUUUCCCAUUGUUCAGUUUGCAAUGUUUGCGUGCAAAACUUUGAUCAUCAUUGUCCUUGGAUUAAUAAUUGCGUUGGUUUACUGAAUUACCGUUAUUUUUGUAAUUUCGUUCUAUCCUGUUCAAUUUUGUGUUUGUUCGGAUUAAUUGAUAGUGGUGUAGCAGCGUAUCUUCGAUGGGAUUUGUAUAAAGAUAACCCAGGAGUUUACGUUGCGUACAAUAUUCCGAGUUUUUUCAUUGCUGUGGUUGCCUUUUUCCUGAUGUUUACACUUGCUUCGUUCUGGUGCUACCAUUGUGGUUUAGCAAUGAAUGGAAUAACAACGAGAGAUGAUAUGCGGUAUCGAAAACAUUUGGAAAGAAAUGAACUUCCGCAUGGCUCACGAUGCCAAAAUCUAAUGGAAUCAUGGUGCGGCCCUUUAAGACCACCAGUCAAUUGGAGCGAAUUGUACGAAGCCGAUCAUUAUGAAAAGCAGGAGCAGAUCUAUAAAAAGAUACGUCCAACUUUGUUGAGCAAUACACUGAUUGUACCAGCACAGAAAAUUCGAGAGCAUGUCUAUCAUUUAGCAGCAAAUAACUAUCGUGGUAUUGAUCAGCAAGUCACAGCAUAUCGUCAGGCAACUCCAGUAUCUUUAGAUCAACAAUCAAUCGUACCAACAAUUAGUGCAUUUCAUCAUCUUCAAACUUACACGAUUGAAAUUAAUACUGUUGAAAAUAAUCAAAUGGAUGCUCACUAUUUGUUAAUUGACGUUGUGCAACAAUCAAAUCUUUCAAUCUUUUGGAAUACUAUAUGGAAUUACCAUAUAUCAUCGAUUAUAAUGCUCUACAAAAUCAAGGAUAAGGAUGCUCUUAUAAGAUAUUGGCCCGAUGAAACUAGGUCGUCACUAACUAUUGAGGGAAAGUAUCAGAUUAACCUAGUUCAACGAUUGCAGCGCUUGGAUACUGAGACUAUUCAAUUUCAAUUACAAAAGAUUGGUGCAACAGAAACUCGUGAUAUUGAACUAUUUCAAUAUCAAGUGAACGAGAAAGAGAAAAAAGAAAGACUUCAUGACGGGAGUCCAAAUAUAAUCGCUAUUCAUAGUCGCGGAAUCGACACGCCUGCGAUAGCGUAUAUGGCGAUUGAUAUUAACCGACGUUUGCUACACAGAUAUGGCUUUAUUAAUGUACCGAAUACGAUUACCCAACUGGAUAAACAGUUGCCGACAUGCACUAUGACUUCAGAAGUGCUGAAAAUAGUAUACAUGGCAAUACUUCAUUUAUCUGCUUGGACUUACUCUCCAGAUGUGGUAACAUUUCAAGGAUUAAAUGAAGAGAUUAGUCGACUGCUUCAAACUAGAGUUGGUUCAUAUUAUCAAAAUUCAUUUGUCGAAAUGUUGCAAUCCUUUACUACGAAUAGUUUGAAAGAACUAGAAGCAAUCAUUCCAUUGAAUAUAAAUGAAUCUUGCCGAUCGAUAGUCAUCAAUCGUUGUCCGGUGUAUUUUAUCGAUAGCUAUUUACACUCGAGAGUCUUUGUUUUAACCAUUGUUCAAGAUCGUCAAAGUCUCAUAAAAAUCAUAUUACAAUGUGAAAUUCGACACUGUUUUCUAUUUCAACAUAGCAGUCAUGUCGAUGCGGGUUUCAUUGAACAACAACGAUUAUCAUUGGAUAGUGAUUUUGUGUCGACUGAUUUUCGUCGGUAUUAUAAUGAACAAUCGACAACUUUCUUUUAUCAACCAAUUACUUCAAUUCGAAGUAUUCCACUACACCGGUUAGCUCAGCUUUUAGUUAAUCUGGAUAUGGACAAUGAUCUACCUGUUCUCAUACGUGUUGAUGAUGUACGUGAUGGUGCUAUUGCAUGUUUAUUAGCAAAUUUAAUGGAAGAAAUGAGUAUUGAUAAUACUGCUGAUAUAUCUCAUCAAGCAAGGAAAAUUGCAUUUGCUUGUCCUACAUUUCGAACAGAAGAUGAACUGAGAAGUAUGUAUGAAUGGAUCAAAACUUGGGUAGAAGACGAAGUGCAUAAUGGAACGAAAUAG